AUUUGCCUUCUGCCCGAUCCAGAAUAGAAGCGUGUUUAUGCCGGGUUAACCCAGUACAUUGUCACAACACUGAAUUACAAAUGCCGUGAAAUUGUGAACAUGUUAUGAAAAUCAGUGAUAAUUUCACAAAAAACACGAUUUGUUUAACGUUUGCUGUAUAAAAACAGGAAAAUGGCAUCUGCAAUGGGUGGAAGAAGUUUGCUUCAACCGAAGGUGCUUCAGUGUAAAGAUUUACAUGAGUACCUGAAAACAAGAACACCUGAAAUGCUCAGUAAACUCUACGACAAUCCUCCAAUUUGUUUAGCAGUAUACAGAGAAUUACCAGAAUUAGCCCGUAAUUAUGUUGUUAGAUUAUUAUUUGUUGAACAGCCAGUGCCUCAAGCUGUCGUUGCUUCUUGGUGUUCAAAAUUACAUGUAGAAGAUCACAUGAAAGUUGUGACUGUGAUGAGUGAUUUGAGCAUUUGGAAAGAAGUCGCAAUUCCUGGAGGACUUCCUGGAUGGGUGUUAAAUUCUACAUUUAGGAAAAAUUUAAAAAUCGUUUUGCUUGGCGGUGGACAACCAUGGACCAUGUCUAAUCAGCUCGAUGCUGAUAGUAAACCAAGAGAUAUUGCUUAUUUGGAUAGCUAUGCGCUGGAAAGAUGGGAGUGCGUUCUACAUUAUAUGGUUGGCUCACAACAACAAGAGGGUAUAUCAAUAGAUGCCGUAAGAGUCUUAUUACAAGCUGGUUUAAUGGUCAGAGAUGAGGACGAAAAUGUUCCAACCAUAACACAAGCUGGUUUUCAGUUUUUAUUACUUGAUACCGCAGCACAAGUUUGGUACUUCAUUCUACAAUACUUGGAUACAGUUGAGGCCAAAGGGCUUGAUUUAGUAGAAUGUUUGAGCUUUCUAUUUCAAUUAAAUUUUUCCACUUUGGGUAAGGAUUACAGUACUGAAGGCAUGUCUGAUGGACUGCUAACAUUUCUUCAACAUUUAAGAGAGUUUGGACUAGUUUAUCAAAGAAAACGCAAAGCUGGAAGAUUUUAUCCAACAAGAUUAGCAUUAAAUAUUGCCACUGGCCAAAAUAAACCAUUAGCACAUGAUUUAGAAAAAGAUAGAUAUAUCAUAGUUGAAACUAAUUACAGAAUAAAUGCUUAUACUGACUCAAAUUUGCAAGUGGCUCUAAUAGGAUUAUUUACCUCUUUAGUAUAUAGAUUUCCAAAUUUAGUAGUAGGUGUAUUGACAAGAGAUUCUGUGAGACAAGCUUUUAAAAUUGGCAUAACUGCUGAACAAAUCAUUGGUUACCUGAAGCAACAUGCUCAUCCUAACAUGAUUGCGGGUGGACCUCCUAUUUUACCACCAACAAUAGUGGAUCAAAUAAAAUUAUGGGAAAAUGAAAGAAAUAGAUUUUCAUUCACGGAUGGAGUUUUGUACAAUUCUUUUCUUUCUCAAACAGACUUUGAAGUUCUCAGAGAUUAUGCUCAAUCUGUGUCAGCAUUAACAUGGCAUAGUGAUAAAAAAAGAGCUAUGGUUAUAACCCGGGAAGGUCACGAUGAUGUUAAAAAGUAUUGGAAAAGAUAUUCCAAAAAUGCAAAUUAAAAAAAAAAGUAUUUUGUUAAAAAUAAAUAUGUUAUU